AUGGCGGACAGCAGCAUGGUAGUUCUCAGCCUCGGUCCGGUGAGGGCGGUGUUCAGCGUGGUGGCAGACAGCGUGGUUCGCGUGGAAAUCAUGGUGGCUGCAAUGGCAGGUGGCAUUCGCGAUGCUAGUUGUGUGGUAGCCACAAAUCAUGCUACUACGGAUAUUGCUGCUUUGUCCACAUCUGAGGAGUGCACUGGUGGUGAUACAUUGCGAGUUGGUGAUGUUUAUGUUGAUGAUAUACUUGUGAUGGGGAAUGAUCCUAAGCUUGUGAAUGAUUUGUUAUCAAAGUUGUCUACUGCAUUCAAGAUUAGGGAUCUUGGUGAACCAGGUUUCUUCCUGGGUAUUGAGAUGGUGAAGAGUGGUAAUGCUAUUAUUCUUUCUCAACAACGAUAUGUGACUGAUAUAUUAAAACGUGCUGGUAUGGCUGAGUGUAAACCUUUGGCUACUCCUAUCUCUACUACGAAAGUAUUUUCCUCUAUCUUCAAUGCAGAUCCAAAUGAUGAUCCAACGCAAUUCAGAAGUUUGGCUGGGACACUACAAUAUCACACGAUAACUCGUCGUGAUCUGUAUUUUGCAGUCAAUCAACUCUGUCAGCGGAGCUUCAUGCCUUUUUCUGAUUUUGAUUGGGUUGGUUGUCCUGAUGACCGUAAGUCUACUAGUAGCAAUGUUGUGUUCUUGGGUACCAAUCUUGUAUCAUGGGUAUGUAAGAAGCAAAGAACAGUUGCUAGAUCUUCUAAAGAUGCAGAAUACAAAGCUCUAGCAGAUGUUUGUGCUGAAGUUACUUGGAUUAUGUCCCUCCUGCGAGAAAUCAAGAUCCCUGACAUCCAUGUUCCAAGGCUAUGA